AUGUCAGAGGGAGCUACACAAGUUGUGAAAUCCUUGUUUGUCACCCUUCGGCGAGGAUUUGCCGGCACACCUUGGUUCCACCGCCGCAUUUUAGACGCUUUAGGCUUGAAACGUAGGCAUCAAUGCGUUGAAAAGCCAAACAACCCGUCGAUUAGGGGCAUGCUGUCGAAGGUCCCUCACUUGGUCAUCAUUGAAACGGACCGAAUGCGUUACCUGCGUGAGAUGAAGGAGUACUACGAGCAGCUGCCGCGAACACCCUGGGUGUUGCACCACAGCCCCCUUCAAGCGGCUGCGCUACGGGGUGCUAGCAGUGCCAACGGCACUGACCCUGCCGCCACUGAAACAUCAGCCGCGGGGACGCUGACACAGCUGCCGCCGCCUCCGCAGCCAGUCCGUGUGACUCCCUACGCGAUGCAGCACCUCCGGGAGCACGUGAUGGCCAAGGGCAUGGAGGGGUACGACACACUGGCUCCGAAACCGCAAGUGCCACGGCAAUACUUCUUAGAACAAGCCAAGGCCCGUCGGGUCAAGAUCCUGACGGAACGGGGGCUGUUUGGCGCGGACGCGUGCCGGGAGCAUGCGGAGGCGCUGCGACCUAAGGCUUACCGCCGCCGCAUCGGGCUACGAGAUUGAGAGCUCAUGGCCACUGUCAUAAGCUUCAUGUCUGCACACAUGCACACACGCACGGGAAAUGCACUUAGCAGGCCCAUGGGGGUUUUAGGGCUUAGGGAGGGCCAUCGGAGCCAAAACCGGCUGAGACGACGGAAUGGGACCUGACGCGUUCAGGUUUGGAGUGAAAAGAACUGUGAAAGGGUUAUAGUAGCAGCUCCUUUUCGUCGGUAGGCCGCAAGUUAGGCAGGUAGGUUGUCAGGUGGUAUCUGGGUGGCGCUUGGCGGGGUAAUGAGGGCUUCUUGCCGGGCCGGCUGGGAUAAUGAGCCGCCACUCCCAUCAUGCAUGCUUCAGGUGCUGCCUUUGCCGCAGCAGGAGGAUCGAGAGCUUUGCAAAGCUGGGGAUUGUUGAAUAUAUGGUUUUUAGUUUAGUUGCUUCCUCCUUGUCGUGCUUACCAGCAGCGGUGGUGGUGAUGUUGGAAUGGGGGAUAGGGCUAUGGGCUGGAAAGAGAGCUAUCUUCUUGUCCAAAGGAAAAGGGGGACAAGAGGGGAGGGGAAAGACGGGGUAACACGGUAAGAUACUGCCGGGUGGAGUGCUGCCGAGCGUUUGAUGUGCAAGUCGGGACGCCCCUGUGGGCGCUGAUCUAGGAGUGCUGGAACGCGCCCUGAAUUACUGGAGGGUGGGCGUGGUCACAUUAUGUUUUGCCGUACCGGGGAGCUGAUAUUCCGAGGCCACGGUUCGCCUCUCAAGUCCGCGGGACGCUUAGCCCUUGAUACAACCCUCCGCCGUAAGGACGUGGGGCAGUAUCGCAGUUUGGCCCGCACAGACCUGCCUGGGUGACUUUCAAACGCUUACCUUUUAAAAAGGUGUCCCU